UAUUACAGAGACUAAGUAAAGGCAAUAACAGUUUGAAAUCAACAGUACAUAGAAGUAAGUUCACGGCUCCAUUUCCGCCACCUCUUUGCUUUUCUCUAACACAUUUUAGAGCGACUAAUGUUUUGUCUUCUGGCGCCACAUCGAAGCUAAUAUAUCAUAACAUUAAUUUCGAGUUAAUUGCAGGUUUUCUUCUUGUGUUAGAUUAAGUUAAGUUAUUGUCAAAAGAACUUCAAAGGCAUGUUUUAAACUCGAAUAUGAAUUGUUAGCUGGGUGGAACUAUGUAAACGAAAACUUGUUGAAGAGAGACAAAGAUUUUUUGCGUUUCAAUUUACCGAAGGUGGCUCAAUACACAAUUGACAAUCCAAAAAAUCUAUUCAUUGCCGCGUUUGUGGCGCCAACAGUCUUAAGCUUUGCUGGAACGAAUCGAUAUUCCAGCUCAAUAAAUCACGCCUUCUCGCUUGGAGCCGACUGCUGACUAAAACAGGUUUCAUAAACAAAGCAAAGGUGACUUAAUUGUCUAAUUUGGACAGUGGUUUUUGUCGGCAGAGGCAUACGUGGAGACAAUAUAUAUCACGGGUGAGCGAGAACAGUUUAUAUUCAAACAAGUGCUCUACUUCGACACUUGUGUCAGAAAUUUCAAGGCUUGUUUUCUUCCCGCAAAGGAAUCGUCAUUGUAUUACUGACGGGAUAAACGUCACGAAGAAAAGUCAUCGUUUAAGAGUUGAUUCAGAAAGAUGGUAGUCAAAAGACUUGUCAACUUCAAUUAUUUCUGUUUGGUUACCCUCUUGAUUUUGACGGAUCUGUCGUUGCUGUUUUCAUCUCCAGUUCCGUUUAUGGAACUCCUUAACGGCAAAACAAGCGCACUUCCUAGAGAAGAUAAAGGAGAACUUCCCUCUAGAGAUCCAAUUAGCUUGCUCGGGAACCAAGUCCUCCCGCAACGAAAAGUCGACGAGACCCCGACGCUUGAUACAACGAAAAGCUUGUCAGCUGUUCAGAAUAACUUAUUCAACUUAAAGUCCACGAAACUGCAAAGGAACACCAACCUAUCAACAGCAAGAAGACGUCAACAGUUGGAGCUCAUGCAGUUGAGAGUUUCGCGUCCAUCUUCCCCAAGCGACCUCAAUUUAAAAUCUGCAACCAAACAGCAAGCAAGAGGUGGUCUUCCUUUGCAGAGUUCAUCGUCUAGUACGCAGAAGGAGCCAUGGGAACGUCUCCCAAUUAGGCCCAAGAAAGCAACGGAGGGGAAGAACGGAAAUAAUCCGGAAAUAAGCGUCCAAUUUAGCGGGAGCGGGGCCACAGAAGACUCAGUUGGAAAAAGGCCAGCGACCAGAAGGCCGGUGAUAUCAAACAGCAACAAAAUGCCUAUAUCCAGUGGAGUUCCCCAAGUAAAAUUAGGCAAGUUGAAUAUAAAAAGCACUUGGUGCGUGAUACAUCCCUUCAUAGACAGAGUGCAUCAUCGCGGCUGCCAGAGUGCAGAAAUCAACAACAGCAUGUGCUAUGGACAAUGCUAUUCGUUUUUCGUCCCAAAGAAAUUUGUUUCCUGUUCAUGUUGCGCGCCCUCCUCACAGGAGACAAUCAAAGUGCGACUGGAAUGCCCCGGACAAAAUCCCUCCUUUGUGAUAAAGAAGGUUAAAAUUGUGAAGGAAUGUGCUUGCAAAGACUGUGGAUUGUUAAAGCAGUAGAGAACUGUUAAUCCACAUCAAAAGUCGUUCCAACGAAUGAAGAGAACACUUCAUAACAGCUUUCCAGCCAGUUGACCGCUGUCGAUCUUACCAAAAAAAGAUACAAAAAGGAAAGAUUUCCCAACAGUAAUACGCUACAAGAAGACAUAUGCUGAGUCGGCGGAGCGCAGUACACCAAGGAAAAAUAAGUUAAUUUUAAUAAAGUUUUCAACAAUGUAAAAUACUAUUCGUUACCUUAUCGACGUAAACAAGAUUUGUUAGCGACAAAGAACAGUAAUGUAUAUUUACGAAAGGCAAAAGCUGCCAUAUUUAAACAUGGAGAUAAGUAUCAAGCAAAACUUGAUUUGUAUCUGUAUAUGAGCGACAUGAUUCGUAGUUUUGAGAAAACAACUAAUUUACUUGUAUAAAAAUUGUUAUAAAUAUAUUAUUCAGUUUGGAAUGGAGAUUAAAUAGAGUAAUAUCGAUACCCCUGAUGUCGGGAUGUCAGAACUUUUGGUUUACAACGAGAAUUGAAGGGAAUUGGAGAGAAUUGUUGCACAUUUCUAACAUAAGACCAUGGACGUUGUUCAGAAAAAAAAAAUUUAGUGAAAGCUGGGCAUGAAACAUUUCCCGUAAGAGUGCAAACUUGACAGUUUAAGAGCGUUAAAUGCUUGAGAAAUAUAGAGAUUGGAGAGCCGUGUAAUCAUAUUAAAUUACAGCGUCUCAAACUUAAUUGUCUGGCUUCAUGUUUACAGCAGGUUAGGCUCUUUGUGGGCAACUACUCGACGAAACAAUAGUGUAAUUACAUGAUAAAUGUUUUUUGAAGAAUAAAGCGAAACAAUGGAUAAAAAGGA